AUGAAUUGCCCUGGUCGUCCGGCCGUGCGGCCGCUCGAAGACUGUGAGCAGAAGAAGGUGAUAGCCUUCUCAUCGUGCUGGGGUGCACGGCCUGUGUCACAACCGAGCUGGGGUUGGCGUCGGCAAGUUCCAGCGCUUCUGGCGCUUCUUUUUGCUUCCUCCGUGCCGCGGCUGCGGUGCCGCCGUCGUGCAGGGGACGGUUUCGAAUUCAACACGCGCCUUUGGAAUCAGUUUCUGCGGAUUGCGCAGCCCUACUUCUUGCCCUUUCCCGACGACGAGCAGGAAGCCUCCGAUGCCCAGCCUGGAUUCGUUGCGUUGAUCCUGGCCACGCUCGUCGGCGUCGUGGGAGGAACGUUCUGGCUGGCUUUGGGUGCAGGCUUGGCCGCUCAGGGGCUCCUGGGAUCACUCCCAGAAGGCUUGGGCGGCACCCUGGCCUCCAUGCAGGCUCCCGGGCUGGAGCUCCUGGCGCUUCUUGGCGUCCUAGGUGCCUCUGCAACUUUCGCUGCCGCGCGUCAGCGUCUACAGGGCCGCUGGCGACAGUGGUGGCUUCUCGCGUUGCUGCUUUUCUUGCUCUUCUGCGUCACGGGCCUCAACGUACUGCUGAGCUAUGUCUUCCGGGCGAUCGACAACGUUCUUGUUGAGAAGAACGCGACGGAGUUCUACGCACAACUGGGCGUGUUUGGUGCUGCUCUGGCCGUUGCGGUGCCAGUGAUUAGCGGCUACCGCUACGUCCGGCUCACACUAGGCCGGAGCUGGCGCCAGGCUUUGACGGAGCUUUUCCUCGAGAAGUACUUGGAAAACCGCUCCUUCUACCUCCUCGACUCGAACUCGCAAAGCACCGACGUGGACAACCCGGACCAGAGGAUUUCGGAGGAUGUCGAUUACUUCACCAAGGUCACGCUGGACUUCUUGCUGGACAUCCUUGACAGCGUGCUGAACCUCGUGUCCUUUUCUGCAAUCCUGUGGACCACCUCGCAGACCCUGACUGGAGCUCUGGCUGUGUAUGCUUUGGUCGGCACCUCGUUGGCCGUGUACCUGGGAGGUCGCCUUGUCGGCCUCAACUACGAGCAGCUUCGCUUGCAAGCGGACUUCCGCUACAGCUUGGUGCACGUGCGGGACAAUGCAGAAGCGAUUGCUUUCUAUGGUGGCGAGAAGCGUGAAGAGGGUGAGGUCAAGGCGAAGCUGGGAGCAACCCUGUCGAACUACGACCAGCUGAUCAUCUGGGAGACGGGGCUUUCCGCCUACCAGCAGGCGUUCUUCUACCUGGCGCGCCUGGUGCCCUACUUCGUGCUCGGCGGUCUGUACUUCUCCGGUCAGGUGGACUUCGGCACAUUGGGCCAAGCACAGUUCGCUUUCAGCAUGGUCCUCAGCUCCGUCACAAUCAUCGUGUCGCGGAUCCAGGACAUCUCCCGCUUCUCGGCCGGGAUCUCCCGCUUGGGAGCUUUCUGGGAGGCGCUGACGAAGCCCCCGGAUGCAAAGGCGGCUCGGAUCUCGACUCUGGAGGGUUCCGGCUUGCAAUUGCAGAAGAUGACGCUCUUCACCCCGGAUGGCUCGCGGCUUCUGCUGAAGGAUCUAGACAUGGCCCUUGCAGAAGGGCGACAGCGUCGGCUCCUGGUGGUUGGUAGCAGCGGCAUCGGCAAGAGCUCGGUGCUGCGGGCCGUGGCCGGGCUCUGGAAUAGAGGCGAAGGCACAAUUGUAAGGCCACCGUCUGCGCAGAUGCUCUUCCUGCCGCAGAGGCCUUACAUGCCUCUCGGAGAUCUGCGCACUCAGCUGCUUUACCCAUCAGAGGGCACGCUUGGCGAUCACACUGAUGCGGAGCUCGAAGAUGUGUGUGGGACUUUGCUCAAGGGUGGUGGCUCUCGGGUUGUGAGGUCCCAGGGUUUGAACCUUGCCACUUUGGUUCAAGAAGUGCCGGCCUGUAUGCUGGCCAUGGAACUCAAGAUCUGCGAAGAGGUCCUCGUUCGCCCUUUCGCGGAGGUCGCAAACAAGGUUCAGAAGAGAGUCAUCGGGCGUGCGCAGCCGGAGGCCCGGAAUGAGGAGUCCGAGCCCUCCAACUCCAUCGACACGUUUCUAGCUCUGAUGACUCCGGUACGCGACGAAAUCAUCCGGUCUGCGGCGGCCUACCUGCCGCUUAGGAAUUUCGGAGAGCCUCUGCGGAAGUCAGACGACGGGUGGUACCAUCUCAGUGAACCUGCGGCGCAGAUUGGUACUUUCUGGAGCCAUAGUUGGCAUGGCAAUGACUUGUGCAAGAUCUUCACGCUCUUGGUGAUUUACAAUUCCAGACAGGCCAUGGUUAUAGCUUCUUUCGGUGCCCUUCUCGCUAGCUUCCUGUACGCUGGACAGCUUCUUCCGGGCUGGGAUGUGGAUGCUAACGAUGCGCUCUCCAACUCGGUCUGGGCCCUGGCAGUUGGGACCGUCCUCUACCUUGUGCUCUUGUUCGCAGGUCGACCCCGGGAGCGCGUCUUCUUGGACAUCGUGUGCAUCGACCAGAAAGACAGGUGCAUCUUCGAGCUUUCGGCAUACCUUCACAGCCGUUCUGAUGUGCAGGCCGUUGUGGUCUGUGUAGGCUUCUACACCUUCGUUAUGACCUGCCGCCACUACUUCCGGUCGCUUGAGCAGCUCCAGCACGAGCUUCAUGACUUCACGGUACAAAAGGCGACCUGCCAGUGCUGCAGUACUCCGCAUCUGGAAGGUUCAAACUGUGACAGAGAGCUGCUCCUGAGUUGCAUCAGGCUGUGGUUUGGCAGCGUCGAGGUGUUCGAAGAACGGGAGAUUUUUUCUCAUACAGGCAAUGCAUUGUGGCCUGUGGCCUUGAUUCCCGCAAUGUGGUCUGGACUGGACUACGCAUCCGGGGCAUGGCUGAUGUGCACACAGCUGAUCGAGAGAGGUUUGGAUGGGGACGGAUGCCCAGACCAACUGAGAGGUCCGCCGGACGCUUUUUUGGUGAACUGGCUGCUCAGGGCCGCUGUGUGGUGGCUCGGUGUCGUCCCUUCGAUCCUACUCCUUGGGAUGAAGGCCAUGUACUACCUUCGCAAGAGGUCUCGAUCGAGAUGCCUGGAUGAGGUGGUCAACAUGGCGAUACUUGUAUGGAUGGCAGCACUAGUCUUGGGAAUGAUCGAGUUGGAGAUCUUGUGUUGGCGUCUUUCAGCCACUUUCCCGGUGGAGCCGAUUCAUCUGAGGCGCUGGUGGUGUGGGAUGGUCGUGUUUGCAUCAAUUAUGCUGCCGUCUGCCUGGGUCUUGUUUGCCUUCUUCGGCAUGCGUCGCAGUGUGGUCUUAUACAAAGAUCAGAGUUCUGCGGUGCCGACACUGACACAGGCAAAGCCGAAGGAAACAGGACAGUGGGAGCAACGCUGUGAAUCGGAGAUUCUGAAGACAUCGAGAUGGUCUUUGUGA